UCCAUCAUGGGAUCUUGUAGUACUACUUUUUAGCAGCGCUGUGUUUGGGAUUUUCGCUUAUUCAUUCUAGCACCAUGGCGGUGGAAAUUAUCUCACCCGACUGGGAGUUUGACCGUUUUGACGAUGGUUCACAAAAGAUACACACAGAGGUUCAACUGAAGAACUACAGGAAGUUUCUGGAGGAGUACACCUCUCAGCUGAAGGGUAUUGAAGAGGCUCUGGAUGAGUCCAUUGGAGAUGUAUGGGACUUUACUCUGGACCCCAUUGCCCUUAAGCUUCUUCCCUAUGAGCAGUCAUCCUUAUUAGAAUUAAUUAAAACUGACAAUAAGGUCCUGAACAAAGUUAUUACAGUUUAUGCUGCUCUCUGCAGUGAAGUUAAGAAGCUUAAAUAUGAGGCAGAAACCAAAUUCUACAAUGGCCUAUUGUACUAUGGAGAAGGAGUGUCUGAAACCAGUGUUGUUGAGGGGGAGUCCCAGAUUCAGAUGGGCAGAUUCAUCUCAUUCCUACAGGAGCUGUCCUGCUUUGUAUCCAGAUGUUAUGAAGUGGUGGUCAGUAUUGUGCAUCAGCUGGCAGCACUCUACAACAGCAACAAGGGUGCAACAAAAAUCAUAGAAUCCUCUGGAGUCCAUUUCCAGAUAGUAUACGAACACCUGGGCGAGUUGUUGGUGGUGUUGCUCACACUUGAUGAGAUUAUGGAAAAUCACAACACACUAAAAGACCACUGGAAGAUGUAUAAAAGGUUACUGAAAUCUGUGCACCAUAACCCUGGGAAAUUUUCCAUUCCUGAAGACAAGCUGAAACCUUUUGAGAAGCUCUUGCUCAAGCUGGAGGGGCAACUGCUGGAUGGCAUGAUACUCCAGGCCUGUGUCGAACAAAGAUUUGAUGAUCCUGGGGAGGGAGUAGCAGUUUCCAAAAACAGUGCCUUUGCUGAGGAGUUUGCCUUCAAUAUUCGCACCAUAUUUGCAAGUGUUGAAUCCAAAAUUGGUGAACCUUCAGAAAUUGACCAGAGAGACAAAUAUGCUGGUGUCUGUGGUCUCUUUGUGCUUCACUUUCACAUUUUCAGGAGUGUUGACAAAAAGCUUUACAAGGCGCUGCUCGAUGUCUGUAAAAAGGUUCCAGCAGUCACUCUGGUUGCAAACAUCAUCUGGUUUCCCGACACUUUCCUCACCAAUAAGGUCCCUGCUGCAAUUAUUCUGAUUCACAGCAUCCUGGAUUCUGUUUUGGGAGAUCUGACCAGCAACUCUGCCGAGGGGACGGAGUACUUCAAGAUGCUGGUGGCCGUGUUUGCGCCUGAGUUUCGCAGUGCAAAGAACAUGCACCUGAGGAACUUCUACAUGAUUGUACCACCGCUGACGGUGAAUUUUGUGGAGCACUCCAUCAGCUGCAAAGAGAAACUCAACAAGAAAAACAAAUCUGGAGCUGCUUUUACAGACGACGGCUUUGCAAUGGGUGUGGCGUACAUUCUGAAGCUACUGGACCAGUAUCUAGAGUUUGACUCUUUGCACUGGUUCCAGUCUGUCAGAGACAAUUUGAUGCAAGUGCCCAGUGUCAUGUGA